AUUCGAGAAAUAAGCCAGUCCAUAAUAAUUUAUUGAAUUUAAAAUUCACACGUAUACAGAGAAUAGAAUCAAUUCCAAUUUCCAUGGCUUCCCACUUUAGAAAAAGAAAGUGAAACAAUUUCUCAUAAGAUUUGAUUUAAGCUCUUCAUAAUCUGUGCUUUAGUUUUGUAGUUUCAAUUCUAAAGAUUAUAUUUUUACUGGGACUUUUAAAGAUAUACCUGAGAAGUAUGGCUCCGGCUGAGAAUCCUAAGAGAAGAGUAGCAUUUGUGCUGACUGAUGGCUUGGGUGAUGUAUCUAUCCCGAAAUUCGGGUUUAAGACUCCAUUGGAAGUGGCUAGAGUGCCCAAUCUGGAUGCUUUGGCUUCAGCGGGAGUUAAUGGGCUUAUGGACCCUGUUGAACCUGGCUUAGGUUGUGGGAGUGACACUGCCCAUCUUUCUUUGUUGGGUUAUAAUCCAAGGGUGUAUUACCGCGGAAGAGGUGCAUUUGAGUCCAUGGGUGCUGGGUUGGCCAUGUCACCAGGGGAUAUUGCAUUCAAGUCAAAUUUUGCAACCUUGGAUGAGAAAACAGGCAUUGUCACUAGUAGAAGGGCUGAUCGGCAUUUUGAAGAAGAGGGGCCUAUUCUCUGUGCUUCUCUGGAUGGGAUGAAAUUGCCAUCCUAUCCUGAGUAUGAAGUUAGAGUCAGGUAUGCCACAGAGCAUAGAUGUGGAGUGGUAGUGAAGGGACCCAAGUUAAGCGGGAAUAUUUCAGGAACUGACCCCUUGAAGGAUAACCGCUUACUUCUACAAGCCAAGCCCUUGGAUGAUACUGAGGAAGCAAAACACACAGCUGCUGUUGUGAAUGAAUUAUCCAAGGAGAUAUCACGUAUACUUGUGUCGCACCCUGUGAAUGCAAAGAGAGUAGCAGAGGGAAAGAGCAUUGCUAAUCUUGUCUUGUUACGAGGUUGUGGUAUCCGAAUUGAGGUACCACCAUUUGAAAAGCAACACAACCUACGACCGUGCAUGGUUGCUCCUACUAAGAUCAUUGCUGGUCUUGGGAUGUCUCUUGGCAUUGAUAUUCUUGAAGCUCCUGGAGCAACAGGAGACUAUCGAACCCUGCUAACUUCCAAAGCAACUGCAAUAGCCAGGGCUCUUUCAGCUCCUUUAAACUCUUGCCCAAAUGUUUUUGUUCCUGGGGAGGAUGAUCACAAGCCUGGCCAUUCUGAUGGAUACGAUUUUGGGUUUCUGCACAUCAAGGCGAUAGAUGAUGCAGGCCAUGAUAAAGCAAGUGUUUUAAAAGUCAAAGGAUUAGAAGCUGUUGAUAGAGCUAUAAGGCAGCUAGCUAAACUCCUUUGGCAAGCUGAAUCGACAGGAAAGUUUGAAUACUUCCUCUGUGUAACGGGUGACCACUCUACACCAGUCGAAUAUGGGGACCACAGCUUUGAACCUGUUCCUUUUGCACUGUGUCGAUUGAGAGACUUUGUGGGUGCAAUAGGCGGUGAAUCAAUCCUGAUGGAAACUUCCCUUGAACCUUUUCCUCUUCCAACUGUGACUGCUGGGGAAGAUCUAGCGGAAGAGUGCAUAUGUGAUGAUGAAAUAAGAGCCUCAGUGAAGGCUUUCUGUGGUGAUUCGGUUUCUGAAUUGAGCGAGAUUGCUGCUGCAAGGGGUUGUCUGGGCCGUUUUCCAGGGAGUGAGAUGAUGGGAAUCAUUAAAGCAUUUCUUAAGCUGAAAUUUUAAUCUUCUCUCACAGGAAAAGGAAGGUAACUGACUGAUUACAGGGCACUGAUUGAAAUUCACUGACUGUCAUGAUUUCGGCUGAAUUACUCUCAGUAUAAACUUUAUGAUAUCAUGUUCUGCUAUCAAAUUUCCUGCUGAUGUUGUUGUUGUAUCUACUGCAUUCACAUUCUGAUGGUUCAUAUACUGACCAAAGUUUUGAUAUGUACAUACUGCAUUCACCUUCUGAGAAUUCAGAUACUUGUAUCAUUCCAGAGUAUUUUGUCAUAAGAAUCUGAUUCUCUUGUACCACUUUUAUAAAGGAAUGAAGACUUAGUGGUAUUAAUUUUGUUA